AUGUCCACCGCCCCCGCAGAAGCCAAACGCCCCAAGCUCGCAAGCUCUGGCGGCCUCGUAACGCACUCAGGCACCUUCCACGCCGAUGAAGCUCUCGCUGUUCACCUGUUGCGCAAAUUGCCCGAAUUCAAAGAGAUGCCCCUCACACGAACGCGCGAUCCGCAGAUAAUCAAUGACGCACACAUCGUAGUCGACGUUGGUGCCGAGUAUGCGCCAGAGAGGAGGAGGUACGAUCAUCAUCAGCGGGGGUUUGAGGAGGUGUUUGAUGCGGAGCAUAAGACGAAGUUGAGCAGUGCUGGAUUGGUUUGGAAGCACUACGGUCCCUCGAUCCUCUCUGCGCACCUCUCCCUCCCCACGUCAGACCCCACCAUCGCGCUCCUCCAUGCCAAGCUCUACGACGACUUCAUCGAAGCGAUAGACGGCAUUGACAACGGUAUCCCGCAGUACAGCGGCGUCCCUGCAGCCUACAAAUCACGCACCGACCUCUCCUCGCGUGUAGGCCACCUCAACCCACGAUGGAACGAGAACACCUCACCCGAAGACCAGGAUGCUCGAUUCGAAAAGGCGAGCCUGCUCGCGGGAACCGAAUUUUUCGAAAGGGUAGACUACGCCGUUCAGGCAUGGCUUCCCGCUCGUCAGGUGGUAAUCGACGCACUCGAGGCGCGCAACACGUUGAGCGGGGAUGCUCGCAUCCUCCUCUUCGAAGGAUACGCGAGCUGGAAGGAACAUCUCUUCACCCUCGAGGCCUCGCGCGAGCACACAGCCCCGGGAGAGGUAAUUUAUGUCGUCUACCCAGACGAAUCGGGCAAAUGGCGCGUCCAAGCCGUCCCUGAGUCUCCCGACUCUUUUGUAUCUCGCAAGGCGUUGCCCGAGGAAUGGAGGGGGGUGAGAGACGACAAGCUGAGCGAGGUUAGCGGGAUCGAGGGGUGCGUGUUCGUGCAUGCUAGUGGGUUCAUCGGCGGAAAUGCUAGCAGGGAGGGGGCCUUGAAGAUGGCCAAGAGGGGGUUGGAGGCGUGA